AGGAGGAGGGAGGAUACUUCUGGUUGGAGAAGCAAAAGAUCCUGAACCUUCCUGAAAAAACAACCUCACACAUCUCACGCACCUCUCUCCCUCGAGGACGACAUCGUCGCAAAUUGAUGGAAUAUUGCAAGCGCGUUUAUCCAUUUGGAUCAUAGGGGUCAACUUUCAUGUGAAAGAAACUUGUUCGAUUUAUUUAUUUUUUUGACGGGGGGGGGGGGGACUCAGAUGGAUUUCGUGACUAAGGUGAGGACCUUGGGUUAUUGCUUUUAAGCGGCUCCAAUCACUUGACAACAUUUACAUAGAAAUAGCAGCUCUCCAAAUUUGCACAAUUUAUAGAUUCGAUGUAGAAUACAAACCUCCCAAUAUUCCAUCAUUUGAAACUCUCGUUUAAGGUCGCGAAGUAGGUAUCCUUGACUGAACUGUUGAAUUAUUGAAGCUACAACAUUUGCUUAUUUAUAGACAUUGGGAUAUAAAUCAUUUAUAUUAAUACACAAAUAUUUUGUGAACAAAAACCCGCCAAUCCCAGAUUUAUAUAGAUAUUUUGAGAUUGCGAACAUUAUUUAGGGGAGGUAUUUAUCGCAGGUGGUUUUUAUUCAAGGCCACUCUGUCUGCCGCUCGCAUUGGACUUGUUGAAGCAGAGAACCAACAGUCGACGGGGCGAAGAGUUGGAGAAAUGAGUCGUAUCACAAGGACUGACAUGAGAACGAACUCUGAACCGUCACCGUGUAGUUGCUUCAGGGGUAUAUAAUAAAGGAUAAACACAAACCAACCGAAUAACCAACCGUAUAUUCAUCUAAAUCUAUGAUCAGCUCGGUGUGUGUUUCGUCUUACCGAGGACGAAAGUCAGGUAACAAACCUCCGUCCAAGACAUGUCUGAAGGAAGAGAUGACCAGGGGGGAGGACUCGGAGAAAAUUGUUAUCAAUGUUGGUGGCACAAGACACGAAACUUACAAGAGUACACUUAGGACCCUACCGGGGACACGCCUGGCCUGGUUAGCCGACCCGCCAGAGACAAACACAAACAAGGAAUCCCUCCCCGUAGGACACAUAUCGCCAACUACAAACGAGUUAUUUUUCGACAGGCACCCUGGCAUAUUCGCUUAUGUGUUGAAUUAUUAUAGAACUGGCAAGCUUCAUUGCCCCGCCGAUGUCUGCGGGCCUCUUUUUGAAGAGGAGUUGGCGUUUUGGGGGAUAGAUGAGACCGACGUGGAGCCGUGUUGCUGGAUGACAUACCGGCAGCAUCGGGACGCAGAGGAGGCACUGGACAUAUUCGAACCACCGGACCCAGAUGACACGGACGAUGAACUACCCAGACGGUUCGGCAUUGAGGACUGCCCGGAAAGAUCGAGGGGAUGCUGCGAAGUUUGUCAACCAAAGAUAUGGGCACUCUUUGAGGACCCCUACUCAUCCAGGGCUGCAAGAGGCAUAGCGUUUGCCUCCCUCUUCUUCAUUCUGGUUUCCAUCACUACGUUCUGUUUGGAGACCCACGAGUACUUCAAUGACCUGCAGAACCGCACGGAACACGUGGUGGUGGGGAACCACACGGAGGAGGUUGUCUCGGUAGAGGUGGUGACCAAGCCCAUUCUGACCGUGGUGGAGGGCGUUUGUGUGGUCUGGUUCACCUUGGAGUUCUUCGUCCGCAUCGUUUGCUGUCCCGACAAGCUGCUCUUCAUCAAGAACAUGUUAAACGUCAUUGACUUCGUGGCCAUCCUGCCCUUCUACCUGGAGAUGGGCCUCAGCGGCCUGUCCUCCUCUAAAGCAGCCUCCGACAUCCUGGGGUUUCUACGGGUAGUCCGUUUCGUCCGGAUCCUCCGGAUCUUCAAGCUGACCAGGCAUUUCGUCGGUCUGAGGGUUCUCGGCCACACGUUGAGAGCCAGCGUCAACGAGUUCUGCCUGCUUAUUGUCUUCCUGGCGUUGGGCGUCCUCAUCUUCGCCACGAUGAUCUACUACGCAGAGCGGAUAGGGGCCCAACCGGACGACCCCCGCGGCUCUAAACACACCCACUUCAAAAACAUCCCUAUCUCCUUCUGGUGGGCCGUGGUCACCAUGACCACCCUGGGCUACGGGGACAUGUACCCCCAGACGUGGCUGGGCAUGAUGGUGGGCGCGCUGUGCGCCCUGGCAGGGGUGCUAACCAUAGCCAUGCCCGUGCCUGUUAUAGUCAACAACUUUGGGAUGUACUACUCCCUGGCCAUGGCUAAACAGAAGCUGCCUAAGAAGAAGAAAGCACACAAUCCGAACCCGGACGCUCCCACGGACACGGCCUCGUUCGGGAAGUCUGUCACUAACUCUCCCAGGGACAGUACUCAGAGUGAUACAUGUCCUCUGGCUGCAGAGGAGAAUAUCAACAGGAACCGCUCAGACUCCAAGCAGAACGGAGACGCCAACUUGGCUCUGUCGUCGGAUGAGGGGUGGAGCCUGACCCAGCCGCUGUCACCCAGCGAGAAGUGGAGCCUACGGCACGGCCACGGCCGCAAACACGUCCGGUCGGUCAGGGGGAACAAGGCCACCAAGAAAGAGGCUACCUGCUUCCUGCUUACCUCUGGGGACUUCUCGUGCACUGGAGGAGAGCACACCAUACGCACUGAGAGCUGUAAAGACAUCCUGGCCGCUACUGGGAACUACGCCCAACCAGAAAUCACCACUCUGACCUGAAGAAGUUGAUUGGUCGAUGAAGGAGAAUUGCGUGUGAACCAGGAUGUAGCACUGAAGGACAUGGGGUGAAGCUUCAGGUCUUAGAUCCCUCCUUCCUCUAACUGAGAUGAAGGUCCGGGUCCUUCCGGAAGAUUCUGGAAGAAGAUCUCUUGUCUUUCUGUCAAGUACACAGUACCCAAACUCUGUUGUAGAAUACGUCUAUCUGAUGCUUUAGGAGAUAUAGUUAUGUUUGUACACACAUCUGUCUGUUUCCAAGCAUUUAGCAUGUAUUGUAUUGCAUGAUCUAGCACUAUAUAAUGUACCAUGAAAGAAAAUAUCAUCAGUGAACUUAAUGUUAAGGGACACAUCUAAAGUUGAGGAGUGUUUUGAAUAUCUGAAGUAACUCCUAUUUCCAAAUGGUGUUUUCAAGAAAUUGCUACUAUUUGUGAAGGAUUCGAGUUGUUUGAUGUUUCUGUAAAAAAUGCUGCAGUCUUUCAUCAAUUAAGUAUAAUUGGUAAAUAUUGACUAACUAAAAUUCAACAGUUGCAUGGGGCGGCAGGUAGCCUAUUGGUUAGAGCGUUGUGCCAGUAACCAAAAUGUUGCUAGAGUGAAUCCCCGAGCCGUCAAGGCAAAAAAUCUGUCGUUCUGCCCCUGAACAAGGCAGUUAACCCACUGUUCCCCUGAACAAGGCAGUUAACCCACUGUUCCCCUGAACAAGGCAGUUAACCCACUGUUC